GGGAAACAUAGGACACGAAACAAACUCCAUAUACUCUCAGCCACUUCCAAACUCUACUAUUCCCUCUGGAAACUUUCUCAACAACGGAAAAAAACUUUGAAAAAUCAUCUCUAUCUGUUGACCAAAAAUCAGUGGCAUUAUAGUUAGUUCUACCGAGAAUCAACAAUUGUUAAAAGAUGGUUGGAACGAACUUGAAAGCAGCAACGAUUACAUUAAUGGAGCAAAGGGAUACAAUAGAGGCGGAAAUGAAUGCUAUCAUACAGCGUCUUUGCCAGGAAGGAGGUCCGGGACUAUCUGGCAACCUUACUGACUCCGAGGGUUUUCCACGUUUAGAUAUUGACAUUCCUGUUGUUCGUGCUGAUCGUCAUCGUCUGGCUGAGCUAAAAAAUGACUACAAAGCUCUCACAGAGAAAAUCAACCAAAAUAUAGAACUUAUGCACUCUGCAAAGCUGGGACCAAGCUCUUCAAACCUCUUAGAUUCAGAUCAUGUUAGUUCCAGGAAUACAGUUGUACCUGCAGAUAUGGAUGCUAUUGGCAGAAUACCUUUUGCAAUGGUAGAUGAAAUAACCGAGGCAUCUCCUGCAGCAGAGGAUGGUUUGCAGCUUGGGGAUCAGAUAGUGAAAUUCGGAAACGUAGAAUCAGGUGACAACUUGCUCUCGAGGCUUGCUUCUGAAGCUCAGAAAGAUCAAGGUAGUGCGGUACAUGUGGUAGUUUUGAGGCAGGGUGUGCUGACAACCUUGUAUGUUACUCCUAGAGCAUGGCAAGGCAAUGGUUUACUGGGAUGCCAUUUCAGAAUUCUAUGAUGCAAUUCUUCCUAUCUAGCGAUUAAGUGUCGUGUUUGGGCAAUGCAUGCUCAUUGUGGAUAGAUAUCGUAUCGUUUGCUUACCUGCGUUCUUUGCUAUACGCCUUUGAAGGAAGGAUUUGCUAGCAAUUUUGCUCCUUAAUAAACUAGUAUACUAGUUUCAUAGCACUACAUUUUUAGUGUACUUGGAGUUGUUGGAAAUGUCCAUUCACUAUUACUUCAAGUUACAAGGAGUUCUCGUAUCUCAACAUCAAGAUCUGUUUAUUGAGGCACCAAUUAGGAGGAUAAUUCUAGGGUUUGCAUAGCUAUUUUCUUCAAUCGGAAAGGACUAGACGUGAAAAAUUGAUCAUCGGUCUUGCUUUUAUUUCCUAUUAUCAGAUACUUGUUAGCUUGCACCUUGCUCAUCCGGACUGCGUUUCCUUUAGCUAUUAUGUGGAAUCUUGUAAAAAUUUGAAAUAAAUAAGCAAAAAAUAUAAAAAAGUCGCAUUAUAGGCAACUUUUGAAAA